AUGGGGAACCGCAGCGCAGCGGACGAGGCCCGGCUGCUGGCAGAGCCCGGGCGGGACGCGGGGGGCGCGGGGGCGGCGGCAGCCCUGGCGGGCGGCGUGCUGCUCAUCGGCGCAGUGCUCGCGGGGAACUCGCUAGUGUGCGUGAGCGUGGCGUCCGAGCGCGCUCUGCAGACGCCCACCAACUACUUCAUCGUGAGCCUAGCGGCCGCGGACCUCCUCCUAGCCGUACUGGUCCUGCCGCUCUUCGUCUACUCCGAGGUCCAGGGGGGCGUGUGGCGGCUGAGCUCCGCCCUCUGCGACGUGCUCAUGGCCAUGGACGUGAUGCUGUGUACCGCCUCCAUCUUCAACCUCUGUGCCAUCAGCGUGGACAGGUUCGUGGCCGUGGUCCUCCCGCUGCGCUACAACCGCCGGAGCCGCCGCCAGCUGCUGCUCAUUGGCGCCACGUGGCUGCUGUCCGCGGCCGUGGCGGCGCCCGUGCUGUGCGGCCUCAACGCCGCGCGCAGCCGCCACCCGGCCGAGUGCCGCCUGGAGGACCGCGACUACGUCGUCUACUCGUCCGUGUGCUCCUUCUUCCUGCCCUGCCCCGCCAUGCUGCUGCUCUACUGGGCCACCUUCCGAGGCCUGCGGCGCCGGGAGCGCGCGCGCCGCGCCAAGCUGCGCGGACCCCAGCCCAGCCGCGCCCCGGGCCCGGCGCCCGGCCCCAGGGCCCCCACCAGCCACCCGGAACCGGCGCCCGACAUCCCACCCCCGGACCCGGCCCACGCCCAGUCCCCGCCCCAGGCCCGCAGGAGGCGCGCCAAAAUCACCAGCCGAGAACGCAAGGCUAUGAGGGUCCUGCCGGUGGUGGUCGGGGUCUUCCUGCUGUGUUGGACGCCCUUCUUCGUAGUGCACAUCACUCGUGCGCUGUGUCCAGCCUGUGCCAUACCGUCCCGGCUGGUCAGCGCCGUCACCUGGCUGGGCUACGUCAACAGCGCCCUCAACCCUGUCAUCUACACUGUCUUCAACGCCGAGUUCCGCAACGUCUUCCGCAAAGCUCUGGGUGGCUGCCGCUGA